GGCAUAUUUUAUCGGGCUGGCGUGUUGUCUUAGACCAAGCAGCAACGCUCGAGCAGUCUCUUAUGAAUGGAUAACUGUAUAAAUCAAACGGCAAUCGCCAAUUCUACCCAAGCCGGUUGUAAACCGGUCCAACACCGGUCUUAUCAGUCCUGUCCGGCCACUCGCGCAUCCCAGAUAUUAGAUAGGCGUAAGCCGAACCGGCCCUCUCGUUGCACAGUUUUAUAUCGCCCAUAAACAACAAACCGUUAUUCUUCAUUCUACAUCUACUAUCUUCACCACUCUUCAUCACUAUGACGAUCACUCUUGACAAAAGGACCAUCCCAGCAGUCGGCAGCGAGGCCACCACUCAGGGAGAAGUUCAGAAUGGGAGACAGAUGACUGCUCUUCCACUCGAAUCAGGGUUCUGUCUUUCGCUUUGGCUUCAAACUGUCCGAAACAAUCCUCUGUUGAAUCACCGUACGACUGACGAGCUUCCAAGAGAGGCUGAGGUUGUCAUCAUUGGAUCCGGCAUCUCAGGGUCACUCUGUGCAUUGUCGCUUCUUCAAGGCCCCGACCCUCCAAAAUCCGUUGUCAUCCUCGAAGCUCGAGAGCUAUGUUCAGGAGCCACAGGCCGCAACGCUGGACAUUGCAAGCCCGAUCAAUGGCGAGGUUUCACAAAGUAUCAAAAGCGUCACGGUACAGAACAGGCUUUGAAGAUUCUCAAAAACGAGCAAGAUACUUGGGAGUCCAUGGCAGCGUAUGUGAAGAAACACAAUGUGCAGUGUGACUUUUGGACAGGCAAGACGUUGGACGUCUGUAUGACGGAUGAAGUUGCUGAAAUGGCGGCCAAAACUUUCUCGUACUACAUGGAAGCAGGUGGUGACGUCUCAAAAAUUGAGGUCACGACGGACAGCCAGAGAGCUGAAGAGAUAUCCCGGCUUAAAGGCGCAAGGGCGGUGUACGCCUGGGAUGCCUCGACCCUUCACCCUUGGAAGCUCGUGGCCCACAUCGCCCAGCAAGCUCUCGAUCUUGGGCUCAACCUCCAAACUUGGACGCCCGUGACCUCUAUUUCUGGCUCGGCCCAUCAAUGGACUGUCCAUACCGAUCGAGGAAGUAUCACCGCCUCCAAAGUCGUACAUACUACCAACGCCUAUGCUGGGUUUUUACUUCCUGAAAUGAGGGUCGCUAUCCAUCCCACACCUCACAUGUGCGACAAAGUCAUCCCUCCAACCUCACACUCUGGCACAAAAUCCCUCCAAAACUCUUACGCCGUAAUCUACCCCACCGGGCUGUAUUCUAUCAACCCCCGCUUGAAUGCUGAUGGCGCUGUUCUCUUUGGCGGGUCAGCGCCGAACCAACAGAGAUUGUUGGAUUAUGUGGCGGAAGACCCGAAGAAUAGGCAGACGAAUGAUAGCUUGACCAACUUUGAGCCGGUGACGGAGGCUGUGAGAAAGUUGGGUAGGGAAGGACUUGAGUGGGAUCUUGCAAAAGGCGCAAAAGGCACAGGGGCGAGGUACGACUAUUCAUGGAGUGGUAUCAUCGGUCGCAGCGCGGAUGACGUUCCGUUCAUUGGCGCGGUACCAGAUAAGCCAGGGCAGUGGAUGUCGUGCGGGCAUAACGGUCACGGAAUGGCGCGUAUCUUUACGGCUGCACCGGCGCUCGCUAAAAUGGUACAAGGUGCUACCUAUGCCGAAACUGGCUUGCCAGAAUGUUUCGAAAUUACCCAAGAGAGGUUAGAAAAGCUGCGUACCUAAAAUGUGAAUGUAGUUGGACCUCGGCAAAGCAAAUGGGGACUGAGAUAAAUGAUCUUGAGGAAAAAUGAUGAUGGUUUACUUUAGGUUUCUUUCAAGUUGUUUUAUAGAUGUUGUUCUGAUUCAAGUUAUAGCGGGCCUGUUAUUGCUUUGUUAUGCGAAUGACGUUAAGUUACAGGUGAUUACACCUUAUUACGGGCUGCAUUCCCUUUUGCCCUUUUGUCCUUUUUUAUCCCUCUAAAUUUAAAUCUAAUCUAAAUCUACUUGCAGUUUAUUAUAACGACGAUGCCGAUGGCUAUAACCAUUAAUCCCUUGAUUGUCUAUUAUACCCUUGCUUAUCCAUGAUACACUUUCGAAUUCACACUCCUCCCCUAUUAUUGAACGCUUCCGUAGCCAGUCUUGCAGUUAUCGAGGGCAAGAGUUCCCGAUCCGCUCUGCGACAUGCCAUCAGCUCCAACAUCGCAUAUAUCUACAACCUAAACACGGACUCACCCUCAAAUAAC